CUUUGUUAAAAAAAGCUAGGCAAAGGCAAACACCCCCUUCAUAUCUCGAUAAAUCAGAGUUCCGUGUUAGGGCUUGCAAUAAUCCUUCACUUCCGAUCCUCUUUCUCCUUACACCAAUUUCAUUCAAUCCGAUCAUAAUCAUAUCAUUUUGCUGAAUACAUAAACACCAUGGACGUAGCUCCUGAUCGCUCCACAUUCGUUUGCAGUCACUGUGGCAAAGCCAUUCUCUCCUCAAAUAUCGAUCUGCAUUAUUUCCACUGCUCCCGCAAUUUAGAAAAAUGUAAAAUCUGUAACGAGAUGGUUCCCAAAAAGCACGCCGAAGAACAUUACUCAACCACCCAUGCUCCGGUACCUUGUUCACUGUGCAACGAGACGGUGGAACCUGAAAUUCUGGCUGUACACCAAAGUGAAAAAUGCCCUCAACGAAUCGUGACUUGCGAAUACUGUGAUUUUCCUUUGCAUGCGGUCGACUUACCUGAGCAUCAAGACGUAUGCGGCAAUAGGACCGAACUCUGUCACAUUUGCCACAGAUAUAUACGACUACGCGAGAUAAUUGCUCAUGAAGCCACAUGUAAUGGUGCCUCAGACCCACAUGAUUCCGCGGAAGCUUCCAGGGGGAGGGAGGCUGAAAGAGGUGGUGAUGGCAGAAGAAGGCCUCCGCCACAAGACUUCACUAGAAGGCGGCUUGUACUGACCGUAGCCAUAACUGGUAUUGCAGUUGUUUUAGGGUCUUUUAUCUUCCCAAAAAAACCACUUAACAGUUAGCUAUUUAAAAAAAGUUGUUUUUGCAUUGCAGUUGUUUUAGGUCUUUUAUUGUAUUUACUAUUUACCAUACCCUAAAAUUCUUUUGUGCUGUAAAACAAAAAAAUAAAAAUAAAAAUUGUUGUGAUGCAUCAUGAAAA